AUGCCACCAACCGGCAAGGUUGGAGUAUCCCCAGUGUGCAUCCUUGGCGUCAACAUUAACAGCGGGCAGGAAAUCUCUCUGCGCCUGCGCACGGAUGAUCUGAAAGGCUUCCGGCGCUAUGAUCGGAUACGGGAGACUUUGAUCCAUGAGUUGGCCCACAUGGUCUGGGGUGAGCACGACCACAACUUCAAGGAGCUGAAUUCCCAGCUGCUGCGGGAGGCAAAGUCAUUUGACUGGACAUCUGCUCGGACAUUGUUUGGCGAGUCUGCUGCAGCCUUCACCAAUGACGGCAGCUUUGUAGACCCCUCAGACAUCAUGGCAGUCACUGCACAGCGAAGCGGCCAGAAACUAGGUGGCCACAGCGCUAACGUGGACGCCAGGACAGCAGCAGGACAGAAGAGCUAG